AUGCCUCGAGCACUUCAGCCCGUCUCUGCGGGGAUUCUCCCGGCCCCGGCCUCGCCGGUUUCCCAUCUGAGCCAGCGGAGCGGUCGCAGCAAGAAGGCGGCGGCCUCGGAACAGACCGCAGUCGCUUCGCCUCUGCAGUCCUCUGGCCGUUCGAAGAAGAGGCGUGAACCGUCUGCCUUGGAGGUCCGGUCGCAGGAUUCGGAGGUCGAGGAGGAGAAGACGCCCCAGCGCAAGGCCCCCGACGCAAGGAAAAGAAGAAACUCUACGCGGCUUCAGUCUGUGGCGACGCGAUGUGGCGACGGUCAGACGCGAAGCAGCGCCUCUGAGGAAGAUAACGCGAGCGCGGCUUCGCGUCCCCUCCCCUCGUCUCUCUCUUCCCUCACAAAACGAACGUCCGGCGGAACGCGCGGAGCCGAAAGAGACGACAGCAACCUCCAAAGUGGACAGUCUGCGCCUGCGUGCACCCAAGGUGAGUCGCAACCAAGCGACUCCGAGGCAGCUGAGAGUCCUCCACGGCGCGUCACUCGACAGACGAAGGAAGACAGCUCCUAUCAGAAAGCAGGGUGGAGAAGAUCGAUGGGAGAAGGCCCCGAGGCUGCACGGGCCGAACCAGGAGGCAGAGGCGGGAGGAGUGUCGGUGACGAGCAAGCCGAGGCGCGUAGAGAAACGCGUGCACCUUCAGACGAGUUGGCCAGGCUUGCCGGAGGUCGCGCUAAUCGGCAAAGUAAGGGCGGAAACGUCGGAGAGGAGGAAGUGGAAAUGACAAGUCCUCGGAAGCGGCGGGAAGAGGGACAAAGCUCUGAACCGGAGGAAGCGGCGCAGGAAGGAUGGGGCAAGUCUGUGCUCGAAAUCGAAACGGAAGAGGAUGUGGAGCUCAAGGAUCUAGAAGACCAAAUCGAGAAAUUCGAGUCGGCAUUGACUCUGCUGCGUCCAACGGUCGGAGAUUACGCGGGAGAACGCGAAGAAAGUGUCCAGGCCAUCAGCAGCCACAUCGACAAACUCUUGGCGCGAAAGCGAGGCGGUAUGGUCUACCUUUGUGGCGCAAGUGGGACCGGGAAAACGUGCACGGCUUUGCACGUCCUGGACCAGAAACUCAAGGAGGCGAAACACCGCAGCAAAAUCCACAAAGAGCUAGUGACGGUUUCCUGCGCCCACCGCGAGAAGGACGCACAGUUGUUCUGCGAGAUGCUCGUGCGAAUGCUGCCGCCAUCGAAUCUUCCAAGCGAACGGGCACUGUACUCAGAUCUCAAGGCUGCCCUAAUGAAGGAAGGAAUUGGAGGGCUGGUGACGCGAUUCACAAACUUCACCAAAAAGUCUGAUAAGCUCUGGCUGUGUCUCGUGGACGAGGUUGACUUCCUCACAACGACUGGAAAGAUUCGCGCAGACGUCCGCGACAGCGCCGGCCGAGCGUCGGGGGGCGGUGCCGGUGUCCGUGGGCACGGAGGCGGCUCCGGAGCGGCAAGUCAGAGAAGCGCCUUGCAACAGGACAUCCUCAUGGCGCUCGCGCUGGCGGCGACGCAUCCCCAUUCGAAGAUCGUUGUUGUCGCUAUUAGCAACAGCUCGGAACUCGCACAGCAUUUCGCGGGGCUUCCUGUUCCGUCCCUCACCUUCUGUCCAUACACUGAGCGCCAGCUGACGAGUCUUCUCCUGAAAAGGCAAGUCACACUGGAAGUUCUGGGAGGUCAGAAGUGCUUCGCAGCUCCGGCGAUUCUCGUCUUUGCGCGGAAAGCCGCAAACACUUACGGCGACUUCCGCAUGGCUCUUAGUGGUUUCUGUCGCGCGAUCGAAGACAAACUUGGAUCUCUGCACGACGAACGCGCACGCGCGUUGCUCGCAGCGGCGGCGCGGUCGCGGUCGCGAUCCUCCCUCUGCUCGACAGCAGCCCCCCCGAGUCGGUCGAUGACCGGUGAGGCGUCUGUCGAUUCGGCAGACUUUGCGUCUGUCCAGGAUUCCUCGCUCUCGUCGAAGUCGCGGAGGCCCGCGGGGAAAUCGUCGCCCGCAGAAGAAGAGGUCGCGCCGUCGGCGCCUGCGAGCGCGUCGCCACCGGGCGUCGCUCGAAGCAAAUCUCCACCGAAAGAAGGGAAAGACCCGCGUGAGGACGAGAGUGAGACCGUGAGGACGGAUCUGGGUCCGUGCGCUGCGCCUGCUGCGGUGCUGAGGGCGAAAAGGCGUGCUUCGUCGGCGUUUCUGCGGCAAACCAUUGCUUUGCCUUCGCGGAAAGAAGAAGGCGAACCCGGCUUUCAGCAGACGCCGACUCCGUCGUUUUCGGGCGUCCUCAGCCAAAGCGUCCUGACAGGCGAGACGCCGCAACACUUGCAGCAAACAUCGCCGUCCACAGCUGCGUCGACUUCCUCUUUUCCUUCUCCUCUCACUUCGGGUUCGUCUUGCCAUUCCCCGGGGACCUGGCAGCAAACGGCGGGCGGCCGAAAGAACCCGGAAGCUUUGCGGAAAGCGGCACGAGAAGGCCAGGACGCGAUCAAUGGCGAUGUCAGCGCAAGGGGCGAUGGAGACACGAGGAGAGACACUGAAGGGUCCGGCAGGAAUACCUACACAGAGGUGAACUCCCCCCACAGCUGGUUGGGGUCUCCGCUGCUGCAUGCCUCGUCAGACGGCGAGUCGUCGCAUGGCGCCCAUUUCUCUUUGGCGCGGCGGGCGGAGGCAGAGAAGAGACAAGAAGAGGGCGACAGCGUGCGUGAGGAGGGAGCGACGGAGGAUGCGGAGGAGAAAGAGAGGGUCAGGCACCGCCAGUCUUGCGGUGGGCGCAGGCGAGAAUCUGUUCGGGAGUCUCAGAUGGUCUCCGCGGACGUCAGCCCGUGUGGAAGCCCGCACGCGGAAGAGCCAAAGUUGUCUCAGUUGUCCGAGUCGCGCGUGAGGUCUCAGUCUCGCUUUCUGCCGUCUCUCUCUCCGUCAGUCCGCCACUUUCGCUCCGGCGGAGAGGCGCACCUCGCGCCCUCGGCUGCGCAGCCUCUGAGUCUCGGGUCCUGUCCAGCGUCUUUCUUCUCUCCGUCGCCGCCUUCUCCUCUGUCGCUCUCAUCCUUCUCGUCCACGGCGUCUACCCCUCCGCCGUCGCCUUUUCCGGGAGGAAGCGGCCAGCGGAGGCGCACGGGCUCUCAGCUCUCCGCACUGAAGCUGCUUCAGCUCCAGGAGCCUGCGGGGAACGGCGAGCCGACGCGUCGGCCGUCGAGCAGCAGCGGCUACUCCCCCUCGCGUUCGCUGGGGCUGCGCGACAUCCAGAAUUUGAAGAACGGCGCGCCGAAGCCCCCUUCGCUCCACCUGAUCGCCGCUUCGCGCGGCAGUCACUCGUCUCUCUCGUCCCGAGAUCCUUCCCGGUCCGGCGAGGGCCGCUGCGCUCUGCGCAGUACCUCGGACAGCGGAGAAAGUUCGCGGCCCGGAAGGGACGGGGGCGCAGAAGGGAAGCUCGGAACCGCGCUCGCCGGCGAGGGCGAGAACGACCGCUGUGGCAGCCUUUCAGGCGACGCGCCGCACUCCAAGAAGGGGCGCGCGAGCGUCUCGCAGGUGAUCGGCGUAGGCGAAAUGAAUGCGCGAGCAGGUGCAGUCUUCGGCAACGACCAGCAGAACGUGGUGGCGAGAAUUCAAGGCUUGCCGCUCAUGCACCAGGUCUAUCUCCUCGCCGCCUGCCGCAGCGCGUUGAAGCGCGUCCACGAAGCGCAGUCGGGCGGCCAGUCGGGCGGAACGCUUCCCGCCGGAACGAGGGACUGCGAGAGGGGAACAGAGGGGGGCUUCCGAGGGGGUGGACGCCACAGCCAGCAGGAAAAUGUGAGCACUCAGCAGAAAGAGCAGCUCCUCGGUUGCGGAGGCAGCGUCGACAUCACCUUCACGGAUGUAGAGGUUCAGUAUCGUCAGCUGUGCGAGGAACUCCAGAAUGGAUACCUCUUGAGUCAACACAUGGCAACCAGCUGCUGGCGCCACGCUCUCGAGGCCUUUGAACAGAUGGGUCUGAUGCGGCCAAAGCGGCCAGGCGUACUCGGCUCCACGGCCGCGAAUGGCUUCGCUGGCCUCUCGGGCGCUGUGGGCGGGGGCUCCUCGCUCUCCAGCCCCUUGAAGGGCCGACUGUGGGGAGGGCCAGGCUCGGCGCGCGGCGGCUUCGGCCCCUUUGGAGGCGGCGCGCGAAGAAGCUCGAGCGGCCUUUUUGUCGGCAUGGGCGGAGGCGCGGCUGGCGCUGGCGGAGGUUUCAAGACGAAACUCGCGGCUGAACGAGAGCAGGCUUGGGAGUUGCAACUGUCGCCCGCCCUUAUCGAGGCGGCCAUCAAGCGUCUCCAGCCUAUUCUGAUGAGUUCCGACUUGGAGGAGCACUUCACCCGGGGACUUGAGGCGUGA